AUGAUUGUGUAUGGUCGGGGAUUGAAAGUCCCACGAGAUCGGCUCAAUGUAUUCCUUUCUUUGUAUGACGUGGAUCUUCUUUUAGGGAGUUGGCUCCAGGAUUCCGAUGAAGAAGAAAUUGCCAACGUUUUUAGAAGUAAGGGGAUCGACUGGAAGUUUCGGAUUUUUCUUCCAUACACCAGCGAUUAUGGACAUUUGCCAUGGAUCUACAUCUUUGAUAGUUGGAUUUUUGUCUUCACCCAGAAAAAAGUUGGCGGGGAGCUGGAUACGCCCGUCCCAUCUUCUCUCGAAGAUCUCCGUCAGCUUUUCUCGGUCGAAACUCCUGUGGACAAGUAUGUCCUCGACUGCGGGAUUGGUGGACGCCCCCCCCCCCGAUCACCUGUGAUACAUGUGGCCAGGUGUUCACAUCUCAACCUUUUUUCGCCUGGCGAGAACUCCAGGAGCACCGCAGAGAACUUCAUGGGUCGACUGAAGGAUAUGCCCCUCUACCUGACGAUUGUUGAGUUCCUGAUAACUGCAAAUUCGUUCCAGUGGCAGGUGUACGACGUACUCUGUUGCAUGUCGCAUUGUGGUUGGGGAAGCCAAGGCAGC